AUGCCGCUUCUCUCUUCCAAGCCGCUUUACCUGCAAACGGCCAGUGAAUAUUUCCAGGCGCCCCCAAAGGGCCAGCCAUAUUCCAUCACCCUUCCCAGCUCUGAGAAACCGAGCCGCACUCCUGUGUACCGGCAUCACAAGUGUCGCGAUGGCCUUCUCGAGACCGUCGAUCCGUCGAUCACGACAGCCCACGAAAUGUUUGAGUUUGCCGCGCAGCGGUUUCCCCAUGCCCCUUGUCUCGGGUAUCGUCCCUACGACUCCGCUCAGCAAGCAUACGGUCCGUACGAAUGGUUAGACUACGAGACUGUUCGCAAGAGGAGGUCUGAUCUUGGCGCGGGCUUGGUCGAACUGCAUGCAAGAGAAGGUGUCAACGGCUCAAACUACGGCGUCGGAUUAUGGUGUCAGAAUAGACCGGAAUGGCAAUUGACCGAUCUGGCCUGCAUGUCCCAGUCGCUGUAUUCGGUCUCUCUCUACGAGACGUUGGGCCCAGACACGUCAGAGUACAUCAUCAAGCACGCGGAUCUGGCCUCGGUCGUCUGCUCACUGCCACACGUCCCCACGCUCAUCCGGCUGAAGGCCCGUUUGCCAAACCUGAAGUUCCUCGUCGUGCUAGAUCCUCUAGAGCCUGGACAGAAUGAAAGACCUGAGCUUUCCAAGCAGGCUCUUCUCGACAACAUGGCUGCCGAUGUUGGUCUCAAGAUAUACUCACUCGACGCCGUCGAGAAGCUGGGAGCAUCCCUGGGAAAGCCGAACAAACCGCCCAAGCCAUCAGACCCCAUCACCAUCAAUUAUACCUCUGGGACAACUGGUCCUCCGAAAGGCGUCCUCCUCACUCACGCAAUGUGCGUGGCAGCCACGUCUGCAAGUCUCGCCUCCAACAAUAUCACGGAGAAUGGGGUGGCAAUCAGUUACAUGCCCCUGGCUCACAUCUACGGCCGCCUGCUCGAACACUCUGCUCUAUGGGGCGGUUUUCGGAUAGGUUAUUUCCACGGCAACAUCCUCGAGCUUGUCGAUGACAUCAAACUGCUUCGACCUACCAUGUUUGCCUCUGUACCGAGACUUUUGAAUCGCUUUGGCGGAGCAGUCAAGGCAAACACCGUCGAGCAGCCGGGCGUCAAAGGCGCGUUGGGCAGACACAUUGUGCGCACAAAGAUGGCGAGGUUGAAUCCUCCUCCGAAGUCAAACGCAACACCGACGUACAGUCACGCUGUCUACGACCGCAUCUGGUCUCGCAAAGUCGCCGCUGCACUCGGUCUCGACAGAGCGACUUCAGUCGUCUCUGGUUCUGCGCCUUUGGACCCUUCAUUGCAGCAAUUUCUGCGCGUCGCUCUGGCCACACGUGUCUUCCAGGGCUAUGGUCUUACAGAGACGUACGCGAUUGCCCUGACACAACCCGGCAAUGACUUCUCCGUGGGCAAUUGCGGUGCCGUUGUCCCCUGCUCAGAAGCCUGCCUCAUCUCCGUCCCUGACAUGGAAUACACCGUCGAAGAUAAACCACAUGCUAGAGGCGAACUUUUACUGCGUGGCGGAUCCGUGUUUACGGGCUACUACAAGAAUCCCGAAGAGACGGCAAAGGCAUUCACCGACGACGGCUGGUUUAGAACCGGUGAUAUCUGCAGUGUGGAUGAAAUGGGGCGCUUCCGCAUCAUCGACCGUCGUAAGAACGUCCUGAAAUUGGCACAGGGCGAGUACAUUUCCCCCGAGCGAAUUGAAGGCGUCUACCUCUCGAGUUGCUCUUAUCUAGCACAGGGCUUUGUGCACGGCGACUCGUCGCAGACUUCGCUGGUGGCCAUCUUUGGCAUCCAGCCCGACGUCUUCGCACCCUUUGCGUCAAAGAUGCUCUUGCGCCCAAUCUCGGCCACGGACAUUCCGGCCUUGAAGGCUGCAUGCGAGGAUCCUCAAGUCAAAGAAGCCGUCCUGAAAGACCUGGACAAAUGCGGACGCAAGAUGAAGUUCGCGGGGUACGAACGCGUGCGGAGCUUCAAGUUGAUGAUCGACCCUUUUACCAUCGAGAACGAGUUGUUGACCCCGACGUUGAAGCUGAAGAGGCCGAAUGCCGCGAAGAAAUAUAGGAGUAUCCUCGAUGAACUGUACAGUGCCGAGGCACAGAGGCCGCGGAAAGCCAAGUUGUAG